AUGAAGUCAAACCAGGAGCGGAGCAAUGAAUGCCUGCCCCCAAAGAAGCGUGAAAUCCCAGCAAGCACUCUGCCCUCAGAGGAGAAGCCCAUGGUGAUGGCGCCUGCCAAUGAGAGCCAGCGUGGAGGGAACCUGGCUUGGCUUGCCAGUCUGGCCAGUGGGCAUGACAAAGGCCGGCUGCACACCAGCACGUCUGCAGAAUCAGAUGGGCCUCAAUAUAAACCAUUGUCAGCCACGGCUGAGAGCACACCUUCCUCGUCCACACACUCAACCAGAGCUCUAUCUGCAGUGACCACCAUACCUGCAGUGUACACAUCACCUCUCUCCCAUUCUCCUAGCGCAAUCCAGUACACACCCCUCCCUCACAAUAUACACUUCAUCAACCCUCCUUACUCUGCACCAUACGCUGGCUACAUCUCUCCACUAGCUCCCCCUUUAGCUGCCACCACUACCACACAACGUGAGAUUUAUGCCAGCUCCUCCAGUUCUCCAGCAUCCAAAAUUGAUCAGCACCACCAAUUGGGCCGUCCUCAAGGCCUGGUCACAACUGACAACACCUCUUCACCUCACUCCACUCAAUAUGUUCAAAUUGCUGGUUCUCCACUAAGCAUAUCCCCUCGAACUGUUUCGUCACCGCAUACACACUUGCCCCUACAUUUACAUCCUCACCACACACUUCCCCUUAGUGGCCCUUCACAGGUCUUAGUCCCAUACACAGAAAGUCUUUUACCCAAGAGGGAGGAGAUGAGGACCAGGGAGUUGCUGAAUGGAGAGCUGGAGAAGGACAGACGUUUUGGUCCAUCUUCUGAGUCCAGUGCAGGGAAGCAGGGCAGCACUGCCAAAGGGGGUUCCUCUGCCCAGCAGCACCAGAUCCACCAGCAGCAGAGCCCACGUCACUUUGAAGCUCGACAUGUUGUGCUACCUGCCGAGUACACGCAGGACAGCACAGCCAUGAGGACCUCAUUGGUGCUGGUACCUAAUAAUCAUAGCUCCACUAGUGCUGAUUCUGGAGGUGCAUCAGACAAGCUGCCUCCCUCGACAUCCCACCAUGAAAAAGGAGGGAUUUGUGCUGGCAAACCUGUCUCCCGCAGUUCCUCCUUAUCUUCCUCCCUUUCAUUUGCUCUUCCCCCUCCACCUGUGGACAAUCUUAAGGGAGCAGUUCCAGCGCAGUCUCCUCAUGCAGUCAUUCAGACCACACUUAACAGCACAGAGUCACUCUCUCUAAGCCUCCCCUCCACUAAUUUCUACUCCACCCAGCAGCCUAUCAUUGGUUACUUUGCCGGCACAGGGCACCAGCAGCCUCUCAGCUACCACACCACCUUACCCCAGCACUUGGUCAUCCCUGGAACUCAGCCGGUCAUCAUCCCAGUAAGUGGAACUGAAGCUACCGCUACAUCAACUGCUGCACUGCCCCAUGCUUUCGUCACCUCAACAGCCCCCAAAGUGGAAACUUUUGAAUCUCCGGCUCCAUACCCCCACCCUGCCACAGCUAUGGUUCAAGCCCAGUUGCAUUUGCCUGUGGUUCCAGCACCUGCUGGCCUGCUGACAACUCCACCCCCACCCUCAGCUCCUUCAAUGCCACCCUACUUCACCAAGGGCUCCAUCAUCCAAUUGGCAGAUGGGGAACUGAAGCGGGUGGAAGACCUGAAAACAGAGGAUUUCAUUCAGAGUGCUGAGAUUAGCAACGAGCUGAAGAUUGAUUCCAGCACUGUAGAGCGCAUCGACAGCAGUCAUACAGCUAACUUUGCUAUAAUACAGUUUGCUGUAGGAGCGCAACGCUCACAGGUCAGUGUGGAGGUACUAGUAGAGUAUCCUUUCUUUGUGUUCGGCCAGGGCUGGUCAUCUUGUUGUCCGGAUCGGACUACUCAGCUGCUCGAGCUGCCAUGCACCAAGCUUUCAGUGGGUGACGUCUGCAUCUCCCUCACCCUGAAGAACCUGAGGAACGGUUCCAUCAAGAAGAGCCAGGGGCAAGUCUUGGAUGCACCUGCACUCGGUCCACCUCUUAAAUCACCAAAAGCACUCUCAAGUGGCGCACGAGGGGGUGUUCGGCACACAGAACAGGAAAAUGGACUCGGGCAGUGUGCAGAUCAAGGAAGUAGAGGCGGUCAAGGCAAUAGAGAAAACGGAGAACUGAGGUUUGGUGAAAGGGACAACUGCAAAGCUCCAACACUCACAGAAUCAGAGACCAGCAGUAAACCCACAGGUCGAAAAAGAAGGUGGUCUGCCCCUGAGGGUCGUAAAGUAGAAAAUCCAGAAGGAGAGCCCCCUUUAACGUUCCCUAAGCCUUCUUUCAUCCCUCAGGAGGUUAAAAUCAGUAUCGAAGGCAGAUCAAAUAUUGGAAAGUGA